AUGCAGAGUCUGAAUCCUUUAAUCUCCUUCCCGAACAAAUCGACAUAUCGGCAAAUGAAGACUGCUUACGGGAUUCGUAUGACUGACCCUCGCGAUGACAAGCAGCGUAUUGAGGAGCUCAGUGGAGGACUACUAAAAGAAGUGUAUAUCUGGAUUCUUGACAAUGUCUAUUUCAAACGAUGGCGCUAUGAGCGACAGGAUCAACUGCUUAGGAUCAGUGGAGCCCCUGGGCAGGGCAAAACAAUGCUCGUAUGUGGAAUCAUUGAUGAGCUGAUCAAUUUUGCUUCCGAGACUUCGAUGAAACCAGCUGCGAAGACUCCGAUCGUCUCGUUUAUUUUCUGCCAGGCAAAUGACACGCGGACAAACACAGCUAAUGCAGUUCUUCGUGGCCUAAUCUUUAUGCUCGUUGAUCAGCGACCCUCGCUUAUCUCCCAUAUUCGGCAAUACUACGACAAGCGUGGGAAGCAGCUUUUUCAGGAUGCUUAUGCCUGGGAAACUUUAUCGCAAAUCCUUAUUAGUAUCCUUCAGGAUCCGCGGUAA